AUAUUAUAAUUGCAAUAUUCAUAAUUAAUAGGAUUAUAAGUUUUUCUAAACAGCAAUUUUUGGGGGAAAAAAGAAUAAAAAAUAAGAUUUUAUGAGUGACAAACAAGGGUUGUAGCAACAGGAAGAGGUCAUUUGAAUACACCCACUCAUAUCGACCGGUGUCUAGGGUAACCAAUACGAUUGACCAAUCAAAGAGCUUCAUUUUCAACUAGCCAAUAAGCAUUUUGUCCAAUUGAUAUACAUCUGUAGCAACACUGGAUUUGUUACGAGCUUUUAUACUGAUAAACUCUUGUGUAUAAAAAUAUAAUUAACAAAGAAAAAUCAAUUAAAUUUAGCAAUAAAACAUGAGUUUUACGACAGAAGUGACAAAUAACGAUGCGUAUUAUGACACAAAAAGUUUUUAUAUCGGUCUAGGACUAGCGAUUAGUUCUAGUGGAUUUAUAGGUGCCAGUUUUAUCAUUAAGAAAAUAGCUUUAAUCCGACUUCAGAGAUAUGGUGGAAUACGUGCGUCUUCUGGAGGUUUUGACUAUUUAAAAGAAUGGAUAUGGUGGGCUGGUCUGUUAUCUAUGGGAAUAGGAGAAACGGCAAAUUUUAUUGCAUAUGCAUUUGCGCCUGCGUCACUUGUUACACCAUUGGGUGCGUUGAGUGUUCUAGUAUCAGCAGUAUUAGCUUCCAAAUAUCUUAAUGAAAAAUUAAAUCUAUUGGGAAAGAUUGGUUGCUUCUUAUGCGUCUUAGGUUCCACCAUAAUAGUAUUACAUUCUCCCAAAGAGGAAACAGUUAGUAGCUUAAGUGAGCUAAUUAUCAAAAUAAAACAACCAGGUUAUAUAUCAUAUGUUUUAAUUGUAAUAAUAUGUGCCCUGUCGAUUAUAUUUUAUUUUGGUCCAAUGUAUGGCAAACAAAAUAUUUUAGUAUAUAUAUGUUUGUGUUCCUCUGUUGGUUCUUUAACUGUUAUGAGUUGUAAAGGCCUAGGCUUGGCUUUAAAGGAAACUAUCUCUGGUAAAGAGAAUGCGUUUGUCAUUUGGCUGACAUGGGUCUUUAUAUUUAGCAUUAUUCUUUGCAUCAUGGUACAAAUGAAUUAUCUGAACAAAUCGCUUGACUUGUUUGACACAUCUAUCGUGACGCCAAUUUAUUACGUUUUUUUUACAACCUUGGUGAUAAUUGCAUCCACGAUCCUAUUCAGAGAAUGGGAAAAAAUGAGUGUGGAGGAUACUUUGGGUGCCUUUUGCGGUUUUCUCAUAGUUAUAAUUGCUAUAUUCUUAUUGAAUGCAUUUAGAGAAAUAGAUAUAUAUUAUGGUAAUAUUAAGCACAUAUUGAAACCUAAAAGGGAGAUGCUUUCAAAUUAUCAUUCAAGAUGGGAUGAUCAAGAAAGGGUAACGAAUAGAUUAGAGUCUCAACAUUUGCUAAAUCAUACUUAUGUCAAUUCAAAUCUUACAAGAACUGUCUAAGAUUAUUUUUAUAAAAAUAUGUAUAAUAUAAACAAAUUGCGUUUUAACAUUUUGUUGUAAUAUUAUUGUAUAUAAAGAAUAUGAUAUUGUAUAUAAAUUAUUAUAUGUAAGAAAAAUUAUAUUAUUUAUCUUAUUCUAUAUUAUUGUACAUGAUAAUUGUAAAAAUUAUAUUAUUUUUUUAUCCUAUAUUAUUGUAUAUGAUAAUUGUAAAGAAAAAUUAUAUUAUUUAUUUUAUCCUUCAUAUAUACACGCACCCUCGCGCACGUCUGUACGCAAUUGAAUGUAUAUAUUCUUUACAUUAUUUCCAAAAGCAAUAAAGUACAAUAAUUAAGUAUUAUUA